CAUACCAAAGGUCUCUAUUUCUGUUUAUUUGCACAAUCGUCUAUCAGGCAACCGAAAGAGCUCUUCCGACUUCCUCGUCCCCUUCCUUUUGUGAAGUGAACGCCAACCAAAAAGGGCAACCGUUAAUCCGGAGAUAAAAUCGAAUUGGAUAGAUCCUUGCUCUCGAGUCGGAUAUCUAAUGCCAGAUUGUUCGUGAUUAUAUAUACCGUCGUCGAUUCCUCUAAGAAUCGAUUCGUUAAAAUCUUGGUGGUUGAGACGGUCAUGAACUGAGCUGGCAUAUUGAAGCUUUAGUGGUGGAAGAAUAGAAAGAAGACUCCAGGGUUUUACAAUCACUUUGGUACUCUGAAGCUGCUGUCACAAUGGUGGAGAAGUCUUGUGUUAAGCGCCUUCAGAAGGAAUACAGAGCUCUCUGUAAAGAACCAGUUUCCCAUGUAAUGGCUUGCCCCUCACCAAAUGAUAUCCUUGAAUGGCGUGAGUACAGUAUCUCUCUACUUUGUUGUGGAUAUUACGUAUUGGAGGGAAGUGAAGGAACACCGUUUGCAGGUGGUUAUUAUUAUGGAAAGAUUAAAUUCCCUCCAGAGUAUCCAUUCAAACCACCAAGUAUCAGUAUGAUUACUCCAAAUGGACGGUUCAUUACACAGAAGAAAAUCUGCUUGUCCAUGAGCGACUUUCACCCAGAAAGUUGGAAUCCUAUGUGGUCCAUAUCAAGCAUACUUACAGGGCUUCUGUCAUUCAUGAUCGACAACAGUCCUACCACUGGCAGUGUUUCAACUACUGCUGCUGAAAAGCAACGGUUGGCAAAGGCUUCACUUGCUUUCAAUUGUAAGAUCCCAAUAUUUAGGAAAAUGUUCCCAGAAUACAUAGAGAAAUACAACCAGCAACAGUUUGCAGGGGAGUCACUGUCAAAGCAGUCACUAAUUUCGCAUCCAAAGGAAGAUCAGAAAAGCUUAGAAGCAACAUCUGAAUAUACCACAAGGCCAGAAGAGCAAAACAGAGUAAUCCUUAAUGAUGCGAGAAAUAAGAAAAGAGGAUCGCAGAAACUCCCUGUUUGGUUGUUGAUGUUGCUUGUUUCCAUCUUCAGUAUUGUGAUGGCCCUACCUCUUCUCCAAACUUGAAGCAACUAGGAAAUGAAAACCGUCUGGUACUCUGGUGUCAGUCCACAAAAGGCUUCUAACAACGUUAAAAGGACAGUAACUAAAUUCUGUAUUGGAUCUGGACCCGGGACUCUUGACUAAUUAGAGGAAGAGAUUGAGAACUUGUCAAUGAAAAAUAGACCGAUUCACUCGCCAUCUUGUCUCCCAAGGCGUUGGCUGGACAUUUGCUGCCGUGCUGGUGUCAUUUAAAUUUCCCUUGAUAUGCAUCUUUUGGUAUUUUGCUUUUAAA